AUGCCAGAGAUCGCCGAGGUUGCCCGCACGGUGCACUACAUUCGCAAACUUCUCAAGGGCAAAACAAUCGCCAAAGUCGUCGCGAAUGAAGACAACAACGUCUACGGCAAAGCAGGAUGCUCACAUACAGAAUUCCAAAAACACAUGACGGGCAAACAAGUUGUCGAUGCCGGCCAGCAGGGCAAAUAUUUCUGGAUGAUCAUGUCAUCGCCUCCACAUCCCGUGAUGCACUUCGGCAUGUCUGGCUGGCUCAAGUUCAAGGAUGAACACACGUACUACUAUCGGCGCAAGGAGGGAGAGGCAGAAGAGCCGUGGCCUCCCAAGUUCGUGAAAUUCCUGCUUGAAACGGCGCCUGAGAGCGGCGAGGACAAAGUCGAGGCUGCGUUCGUAGACAUGCGGCGCUUUGCAAGGAUCAGACUCGUCGACUGUCCCGGAGAGGAGAUACGGAACGUUACACCGCUCAAAGAAAACGGCCCAGACCCGGUGAUCGACAAGGACGUCGUGACGGUAGAGUGGCUGAAGACCAAGUGCCGGGCCAAGAAGGUGCCGAUCAAGGCGAUGCUGCUUGACCAAGCCAACAUCAGCGGCAUCGGGAACUGGGUCGGCGACGAGAUCAUGUACAACGCAAAGAUGCAUCCAGAGCAGUACGCAAACACUCUGUCAGACGAGCAGAUAGCGCAGCUGCACAAGAGCAUCCAGUACGUGUGCACCACAGCGGUCGAGUUGUUGGGCGACUCUGAAAAGUUCCCAGACGACUGGUUGUUCAAGCACAGGUGGCAGAAGGGCAAGAAGAAUGCGUCAAACACUUUACCUAAUGGGGAGAAGAUUGCUUUUCUUACGGUUGGAGGGCGAACGAGUGCCGUUGUCCCGAGCAUACAGAAGAAAACAGGUCCAGUCGCGAAAGAGAUGGACGAGGCGGAGAUUGUUGACGGUGACGACGAAAAGAAACCAAAGGGCAAGGGAAAGAAGAGGAAAGCUGCCGUUGAAGAGGAUGAAGAGGAGGAGGAAAUCAUGCCCAAAAAGACAACUGCAAGAGGCAAGAAGGGGGGGAUCAAAGAUGAGAUAGACGAUGCAGGCACAGUCGUCAAUGGUACCGUUAAUGGUACGGUGAAGGGGAAGAAGGUGAAGCAAAUCAAACAAGAGUCGACUGCUGCAGAGACUAAGCCUACAAAGCUUGGAGCUGUAAAAGCUGUUGAGGAUAACAGCGGCAGACGAAGGUCUGGCCGUCUAAGCAGGUCUUGA